AUGGCUUCUGCAAAAGAAGUGCCUGCCAAACUCCGUGACUCGAGCAAUGACGAAGCCGAGCGACAGACCAGCGUUGCGAAUGUUGAGAAAUCGAGAUGGGAGCGACUCUGGCCAGUAAUCGCGUGCGGUGCUGGACUUUUCAGCGACGGAUACCUCAACAACAUCAUCGGUCCAGUCAACACCAUGCUCUCACGCAUCUAUCCAGAAGCUUACAAGAGAUCUUCCGCCCAGGCGAACGUAGCGAGUAUCACUUUCGCUGGUACGGUCGUUGGUAUGCUGUUUUUUGGUUAUACGUCUGACCACUUCUCGCGUAAAUGGUCACUCUUCGUAUCGACGAUUAUAAUCAUUCUCUUCGCUGCACUCGGCACAGGCUCGUAUGGCGCAGGCGGCAGCCCAUCAGGCUUGCUUUCAGCUCUUGUUGCAUACCGCUUUUUCCUGGGUAUCGGCAUCGGCGGCGAAUAUCCAGCUGGCAGUGUAGGCUGUGCCGAGUCCACUGGAGAGCUCAAAUCCGGUAGCCGUAACAAGUGGUUCAUCCUCUUCACGAACGUGCAGAUCGACCUUGCGUUCUUCAUCUCUGCCAUCGUCGCCACCGUCGUCGUCGUCAUCACCGGCGAGAACCAUUUGCGGGUCGCCUGGCGCGUGUGCCUUGGCAUUGGCAUCAUCCCACCUCUAUCCUUACUUUAUCUGCGUCUGAAGCUCCAGGAGCCGGAGGCGUUCAAACGAGAGAGCCUAGCCAAGACCCAGACGCCGUGGUUGUUGAUUGCACGGUAUUAUUGGUUCAGACUGUCCAUUGUCAGCAUCAUCUGGUUCAUCUACGACUUCAGUGCCUACUCGUUUGGCAUCUAUGCAUCCUCCAUCCUCGCCAACCUCCUGGGUAAGACCGCACCGCUGUGGAAGAGUCUCGCAUGGAACAUCUUGAUCAAUUUCUUCUACAUGCCUGGAUGUCUGGCUGGAGCUUUUGUCGCCGAUUUACCAUCCAUGGGCCCCAAAAAGACGCUCUUUAUUGGCGUUACGCUGCAGGGAAUCAUUGGCUUCAUCAUGGCGGGGUGCUACCCGUGGUUGAAAAAGCCAGAGAAUGUUGCGGGCUUUGUUGUAGUUUAUGGAGUUUUCCUUGCUCUGGGGGAGUUUGGGCCCGGCGACAAUAUAGGCCUUGUUGCAAGUAAGACGUGUGCCACGGGUAUCAGGGGUCAAUAUUACGGCAUCGCAGCUGCGGUGGGCAAGAUUGGCGCCUUCGCUGGAUCCUAUGCACUUCAAGCGCUCCAAACCGCAGCUGGUGAGGAUGAGAUCGCGGCAGGUCGUAAUCCGUUCUUCGUUGCCAGUUCGCUGGCUUUUCUCGCCGCCGGGUUGGUCCUGUUGCUGCCGCAUAUUGGACAAGAUACAAUCGAUCAAGAGGACGUCAACUUCAGGGAGUAUUUGAGCGCGAAUGGGUAUGACACAAGCAAGAUGGGAUUGGAGAGUGUAGGAAGCCACGAGAGCAUGGUAGAGGCCGAGAAGUGA